AUUACAGUAUAUCAGUCCAGCUGGCUUUUGAUACAUUCACAAAUACAAGAAGAGAAGAUAAUUUCUGUUUCAGGAGGACAUCAUGGCUUGUGAAAAGGCAGGAUCAUGUCUUAAAAGGUAGAAGGGAGAAGAACAUAACUCAUUCCUGCUGACCAGGUGCAGAAAGCUCAGCAAAGCAGUGGUUUAUGGUCCAGGUCAGCAUAGGUGGCGCAUCAAGCUUCACUAGUCAGUCAAAUGAAUCGAAUAGGGUUUCAAGGUCACCACCCCUUGGAGGAGCUCCCACAGCGUCAGCUUCUGAACCAGCGUCGAAGAUGUCUGGUGGUCUUUUUUGUGGCUGCAAUGGUUUUGAUCGUGAAUAUACUGUGGUAUAAACACACUCCCCCAUCAUACGCUUGCUUUUAUAAAGCAGCAGUGGCAGCAGAUAAUGGGAAAUGCUCUGAGAUUGGGAAGGACAUCUUGAAGCUGAAAGGUUCAGCAGUUGAUGCUGCUAUUGCCACUCUUCUGUGUUUGGGUGUGGUUCAUCCCCACAACAUGGGUAUAGGAGGAGGUGUGAUUUUCAACAUAUAUGAUGCAUCAACAGGAAAUGUGGAGACAAUUGAUGCAAGAGAAAGUGCUCCAAUGAGUGCUUAUGAAACCAUGUUUGGCACUGAUGCCCAGAUGGCACAGAAAGGAGUGUUUUCCAUUGCUGUACCAGGACAAAUUCGUGGUUACGAGAUGGCACACAAAAGAUAUGGAAGACUGCCAUGGAAGGAACUGUUCAAACCCAGUAUAAAUUUGGCAUGUGAUGGUUUUAAAAUCAACAAGGCUUUGGCUGAAGCCAUUGAAAACAAACGUUCAGCAAUUCUGAAUGAUGAAGCAUUGUGUGAAGUGUUUUGUGAUACUUCAAGAAAAAAAAUCCUUAAGGAAAAUGAUAUUUUAAGACUUCCUAAACUAGCGCAAACCUAUCAGACGAUAGCGGAUUAUGGGCCAGAUGUUUUUUACAGUGGGUCUCUAGCCAAUGAUGUAGUGAAGGAUAUCAGUGAUAGAGGAGGGAAUAUAACACUUCAGGAUCUUAAGAAAUACAAGGCAAAAAUUAAUAAGACGUUGAACAUUACUAUGGGAGAUAACAUCGUUUAUGUUCCUACUGCUCCAUCCAGCGGACCUGUGCUCGCUCUGAUACUCAACAUACUCAAAGGUUACAACUUCUCACCUCACAGUCUUUCCACACAUGAGAAGAGGACUUUAACAUAUCAUCGCAUAAUAGAGGCAUUUCGCUUUGCUUAUGCCCAGAGGACUAAACUUGGAGACCCACUGUACGUCGACAUUAAUGAUGUCAUCCAAAACAUGACUUCAGAGCACUUUGCAAACAACAUCAGGAAUAAGAUCACAAACACUACUCACCCAGGAAGCUACUAUGAACCUGAGUAUUAUGUACCUGAUGUCAACGGGACGUCUCACCUCUCUGUCAUCGCAGAAGAUGGUAGUGCUGUGGCCGUCACCAGCAGUAUCAACGAUCAUUUUGGUUCUCUGGUGAUGUCACCCUCAACUGGCAUAAUCUUUAAUAACCAGAUGGAUGAUUUCUGCUCUCCUGGUUUUAAUAAUGGCAAUGGGGUGCCCCCUUCACCCAAUAACUUCAUUCAACCAGGUAAACAACCACUUUCAUCAAUGUCUCCCACGAUAAUAUUUGACAAACACAACAAAGUCAGAAUGGUGGUUGGGGCUUCAGGUGGGCCAAAAAUCACCACAGGAACUGCUCAGGUGAUCCUGAAUGUCCUGUUCUUUAACUAUGAUCUGAACAAAGCCGUUAAUGAACCCAGACUUCACAAUCAGUUAAUGCCCAACAGGACAUCUGUGGAAAGUGACUUUGAGGAGAGUGUAUAUCAGGACUUGCAUCGGAAAUAUCUUCAUGAAAUAAAGGUAAUACUACCCAAAGACACAAUAGCAAAGGUUCAGGCAAUUGUGCAACAAGAGGGGAAAAUCUGUGCUAAAUGUGAUGACAGGAAAAGAGGCUAUCCUGCAGGAUACUGACACCUGGUCCCUCUCUCUCCUCUCACCUAUUGGGAACAUUCAGUCAACAUUCAAAUUCAGAAGUGGUUAUACCUUUACUGUAACUCAAAACUCAUCUCUUUUUCAAACUUUGAAUUGUAUUGUUGGCACUUGUAUUUGCUUGUUUAUUAGUUUGAAGCAUUUCAUCUGUAUUUAGGAUGCACUUCCUUUUUAUAUUUACUUGUUAUCAUUGCUGAAUUGACUGCUUUGGCCUCUGUUGACUGCAGUAGAGUCUGCAGGGGAAAAAUAUAAUGUUUAAAAACAUGAAUCGGAUGCCACAUGAGCAGCUUGUGUUAUGUAGAGUCAUUAAGAUCCAGUGUUACUUAGAAAGUAAUCUACAACACAUUAGUACUGUAAUUACUCUUUAAAACUGUAAUCAGAUUACACUACUCAUUACUUCAUGAGAAAAGCGAUCACAUUACUAAUUAUUCCUUUAAAUUACUUUUUUCCUAGAAACGUUUGUUGUUCUGCUUAACGAAUUCAAAAUAAUGUCUAUAUGUUCUCAUUGUUUAUUGUAACAUGCAAGUCAUACACUCAGCACCUCAAGUGUCCCUAUAAUCACUCAUUAGUGACUCUCCAGCUGUUAUAGAAACAUAUUAUAGAUGAACAUUUCACAUUUUAAUUGUAUUUUACAUAAUAUUAUUUUAGAAAUAUGUGUAGCUCAAGCAAUGUACUUAAAAUAAAUACACUUAGUAACUGUAGUCUAAUAACCCAAAUGUAAAGUGUAAUACUUUUUUUUUUUUUUUUAAGUAAUUUGAUUACAGUAACUAAUUGCUUUGUCACAGUUACUAAUAAUAGGCUUGGUUCCAGUACGUAAGGGAGAAGUUGUGUCAGAAAUACAACAAAGAGGCAUGUACUGCUUAUUAUACAGAUCAAUCAUAUAAACUUCAGAAGAAACCCCUUAACACUACCAUCUAGUGGCCAUCAUCAAGUCAAACAUAAGGAGGCAUACAUUGUAUUUUACAGGCAUUCAGUGGGCAGUCCUUCCAGGUGGUUACAAAGUAUUCAGGUGAACCUUAAACAAAGAAUGCAGUUGAUCCCACCACAGACUGGGGUUUCUCCAGCCCUAAUUCAGUCAGCAUAACUACAGUUCUGUGACAGUAUUUGCCCUCUUCCUGAUUUCUUCUGUUUUUGUGUAUUUUUCAUACUAAAUUGUUUAAGAUCUUCAAAUGAGAUAUGUUUUAAAACAAAGGCACCCUGUGUAAACACAAAAUACAGUUUUCAAUAUAUAUAUAUUUUUUAUUGAAGCAAAAAAGUUAUCCAAAACCUAUAUCACCCAUGUGAAAAACUAUCUUCCCCCUUAAACUUAAUAGCUGCCACCUUUAGCAGCAACAACUGCAACCAAACACUUCCGAUAACUGGAGAUCAGUCUUUCACAACACUGUGGGGCAGUUUUGUCCCACUCUUCUUUGCAGAACUGUUUUAGUUCAGUCACAUUGGAGGGUUUUCGAGCAUGAACUGCCCGUUUAAGGUCCUGCCACAGCAUCUCAAUCAGAUUCAAGUCAGGACUUUGUCUAGGCCACUCCAAAACUUCAAUUUUGCUUCUUUUGAGCCAUUCAGAGGUGGACUUACUCCUAUGCUUUGGAUCAUUGUCUUGCUGCAUAAUCCAGUUGCGCUUGAGCUUCAACUCACGGACUGAUGACCGGAUGUUCUCCUUUAGGAUUUUGUGGUAGAGAGCAGAACUCAUGUUUCCCUCAAUUAUUUAUGUUUUAUGUUAGAUUUUGUUUGAAUUUUAGUAUGAGAUAUAUGCAAAAACAGAAGAAAUCAGAAUGGGGGCAAAUACUUUUUCACAGCACUGUCUAUGACUCGGACGACUUCAUUUUCAUAGAAAUAAGGAAGGGUCCACACCUGUGGGAAUGCAUUGACAUUUGAUUCAGACAUUGACUGAAUCAUGAACAGUGGGCCACCAAUUCACAGAAUGGGGCUGGGGCACCGAGAGCCAUCACAGACAAAAGGUGAUAGCCUUAGUUAGCAUGAGAAACAAAUUGUGCCAUAACACUCUUGUUCAAGUUGCUGGAUGCAUCCUGUAAAAAUGCACUGUUCUUUGGAUGAGACAUUAAACCAAGGUCCUGACUCUCUGUAGUCAUUAAAAAUCCCAGGGCACUUCUUGUAAAGAAUAGGGGUAUACCCCAGUGUCCUGGUCUAAUUCCCUUCAUUGGCCUUUAUCUAUCAUGGCCUUCUAAUAAUCCCCAUCCCUGAACUGGUUACAUCACUUUCCUCUCCAUCAAAAACAAGAUGCAAACAUGUGUAGACGAUCUCACAGAAUCAUGAUACCGAAUACCUUGAAAGCACAAUACAAAGUGCAUCACUUUAGUUUUUCAUGUGGUGUUAUAUGAGAGACAGUGGAUCACCUGAUCUUAUAGUGACACUUAAAUCUGCAAUCCCACAGCAUGUAUAAUGUUAAAUUUGAACUUAUUUAAAACUGUAAUAGUCUAGUGAAAAAAAUAAGGACAUUUAAAUGAACUUAUUGCACUAGUGUCGUUUCCUCAUGACCCCAGAACUGCGAAUCAAA